CCCGAGUGACGUAAUAAGGGCAGUACUUUGGUCGACAUGACUAACUGGGCUCGACUGAUUAUCCUGAGCAUCGUUUUAGGCCUCGCAAAGGCCAACAAUUUCAUGAGGGUCAUCCUCAUGGCAGGCAUGGGCCUGGCAGGCCUCUGGAUGGUGCACACCCUGGCCCAGGACUUCCACACCAUCGUCCAGAGCGGAUUCGGAAGCGGCGGCCACGGUUUUGGUGGUGGCGGAGGCGGCGGAGGAGACAAGCUCUAUAACAGUAAGUGGGAAACGAAAGCAAAUGUCCCGAAAAAUCGUCAAAGUUCUGGCGCUUUCUUAGAUGACGAACUGAAAGUGUUUAAGAGGUCUGUGACGGAAGCAGCCAAGACCAAGCCGCAUAUCAAUUGGGACGUGGUGAUUAAAAGGGAUCCGGUCAGCUGCGCGAGAAGCUUCAUAUGCCAGCUGCAGGCCUCGAGGGAGGAGGAGUUGUCCAGAGAAGAGAAAAUCAUCUUAAAUUUAACAAAGAUGGCAGCUGAUGAUGAAUCAUCAUACGCAGGUCAAGAAUUGAGAGAAGCCUUGGAUAACGGGGUGUCAGUUACUUACCCCCACGACUGCAUGAAAAUGUACAGAUUCUGCCCCUACACCAAAAAAAUGAUGAUGACUUUGCUUAGAGUUUUUGGAGGUUAAUAACAAAUAUGAAAAUGCUUACCUUCCUUGUAACUAUAAAACCUUCAGAUCUAAAUUUAUUGUAAAAAAGAAAAUAGGAUAAGUUCUUUUUAUUUAUAAUAUAUUAUUUAAUUAUUGUAUUCACAUCAUUUAAUUCAUUUCAUGUAAAUACAGUGUGGUCAUAAAGGUUUAUAACAAAGACAGUUUUAGAUAAUGACAGAUAAUGACCAAUUCUUAUGAGAACUGUCAGUGUCAAAUGGCGUUUGAUCAUAAAACUUUUUGAUCGUACGGUAUUACAUUUCAUAUCAUAUAGAAUUAGUAUAUGUGUGUAUAUAAUAUGUAAAACAGUCAAUUUUCUUACAAAAUAAUAUACAGGGUGAGUCUU